AUGCAUGACCCACGAGGUACUGCGGCCUUCAUAUAUAACUCAAACAGCUCAACCGGCCCCUUCGUCAGCUCGAGCUAUCUUUCACUCCAUCCGAAUCUCAAGGGCGCACUGUCCAUGGGCACACAGCAAGCGAAGCAUAAGGGCGGGAUGGUCUACAAAUGCAUGGCGGCAAUGAUGAAGGACUCGUCUGCGAACGCAGCCGGCGAGUCCGGCAUCACCUUGUCUACUCGCCCUCCCAGUGCAUCUGUGCGGUCCACGUCGUCAGUCCGUAGCAUCAGUAUCUCCAGGAGCUCGAGUUGGAGCUGCGCUGCAGCUGGGGUGCCAACGUCUAGCCCUGGCGGGAGGCAAGCGGACGACGUUCGUCCUAUUACUCCUCGUCCCAAUGAGGUGCUGCAGCCCUCUAGCCCCAUGCGCGUUUUGCGGGCGAGUGCAGGUAUUCUCACAGGCAAUCAUCGGCAGCAGACGAGCGCAGGCAGUCAGGGUGGUGCGCCAGCCGUCGCCCUUCCGCCUUACCCAGACUCCACUGCACCUAAUGGACGGGAACAUGAGCGAUAUUACUUCAAGGAUGGUAAUGUCACAUUCUUGCUCGAAGAUGUCCUAUUCCGAGUGCACCGCUUCUUCUUUGAACGCGAUUCCGCUCGAUUCAGGGACGUAAUCCUCAAGGACCUCAACUCAGACCCUCGGGAUGUUAUUGUCCGCCUCACUGACUGCACCGCCGUCGAUUUCGAACGAUUCCUGGGCGUCUUGUAUCCUGUCGCGUUUCAUCAACACGACGCUACUACCAUGGACGAAUGGAGGUCCAUCUUGGCCCUCUCGACUCAGUGGGGCUUCGAGAGUAUUCGGCUCUUGGCUAUCCGGGAAGUGUUCUCUCUGGCGUCGCCUAUUGACAAGAUCGUGCUCGGCCGACAGUAUGAUAUCAGGGUGUGGCUUCCGGACGCCUACGAGGCCGUUUGUUUGAGGGAGGAUCCUCUGUCUGAUGAAGAGGCGGAACGUAUCGGGGCCAAGGAUACUGCAAGGGUCGCGAGACUACGAGAGCGACGGAUGCUCAGCCCUGACCUAGGCGCCUCGGACAGCGAAGCGAGGUUACGCUCCUUGAUGGAGGCUGAGUUCCAUUUGCAUUUGCCCGUGAAGAUCUGCGAUAGUGAAAAGAAUAGUGACCCAGAAUACGGGACGAGGACUGAUGACAGUACAUUUCCUACAUUCGCACUGGCACAGCCGAUCUCUCCUCCCCCUUCAACUGCUCCGGAAUUACAAAGUAUCCAGGAGUCGGAUAGUUUGGCAGAGGAGAAACGUUUAUCCUUGCCACCUUCUCAGCGUUGUUCCUCUCAAGAUGCAGAAGUGCAGAACUUCCCGGUCACCAGAAGCUCUGCACUACCCGCAUCGGGCAAGGAUCAGCAGUGCUGCAUGUGUGGCAUAUGCAAAAGAGCACAGUACAGGGAAAUUGCGGCUGGUGUCGAAACGCGUUUUUAA